GGGCCUCUUGGUUUGGAUGGCAAACCAGGACCUCCAGGACCAAAAGGGGAAAAGGGUGAAGCAGGGGACAUCGGCCCGAGGGGCGAUCAAGGUCGAGAUGGAGCCACUGGCCCCCCUGGUCCACCAGGACCCCCAGGUGCCCGGGGGCCUCCUGGUGACACGGGAAAAGAUGGCCCAAGAGGACCUUCAGGCCCCCCUGGUUUCAAAGGCGAGCCUGGAGAGGACGGCCUCGUGGGUGCCAGGGGACCUCCAGGACCAAAGGGUGAGCCUGGCAUCCCAGGGAAAAAGGGUGAUGAUGGGAUCCCUGGGGAACCAGGACUUAUGGGCCCUAAGGGAGAAAAAGGAAGCGCAGGUCCCAAGGGAGAGAACGGCACAGAUGGCUUGCCAGGACCCAAGGGUGAACCUGGUGAGAAGGGAGGAAUUGGCUCCAUCGGACCCCGGGGUCCCCCCGGCCUGAAAGGGGAACAGGGUGACACCGUAGUGAUCGACUAUGACGGCCGAAUCCUGGAUGCGCUCAAGGGUUCACCGGGUCCCCCAGGGCCACCGGGCCCCCAAGGCGCUCCAGGUCCCAAGGGAGAGCUGGGCUUGCCGGGUCCACCUGGACUGGAUGGUGAGAAGGGUCCCAAAGGAGCGAAGGGUGACCAGGGCAGUGCGGGGAUCGCUGGACAGAAAGGAGAGACAGGAGAAAUGGGCUUAGUGGGUCCACCGGGAGCAGAAGGGCCAAAAGGAGACAAAGGAGAAAAAGGAGACACCGGGUCACCGUGUUUGCAGAAUAAUCACAUCAUACCUGAGCCCGGACCCCCCGGAUUACCCGGCCCUAUGGGUCCUCCAGGAAUCCAGGGGCCUAAAGGCUUGGACGGUGCGAAGGGAGAAAAAGGCGACAGCGGUGAGAAGGGGGAUCACGGCGACACCGGACCCGCUGGUCUCCCGGGUGCUCCAGGGCUCAUCGGUUUACCCGGUACCAAAGGAGAGAAGGGAAAGCCGGGGGAGCCAGGACUGGAUGGUUUCCCAGGUCUCAGAGGAGAGAAAGGAGAGAGAAGUGAAAGAGGCGAGAAGGGUGAGCGAGGAAUACCGGGGAGAAAAGGAGCCAAAGGGCAGAAGGGGGAACCAGGCCCUCCCGGACUGGAUCAGCCUUGUCCCGUGGGACCAGACGGACUGCCAGUAGCAGGAUGUUGGCACAAG